CUAAGCAUUAGUCUUUAAUCCAAAAGAGAUUAAUGGAGAAGAAAACAAUUCUAACGACCUUUGGGUUGAUGAUGAUGAUGUUGAUCCUAAGCGCAACUACUGCAAGAGCCGAUCUAUGCCAGGAUGCAUUGAAAGCUUUGUUGCCUUGCAUGCCGUUCUUGACGGGUUCUGACCCCCCAACACCCAGUGCUAACUGCUGCCUAGGUGCAAACGAAGUGCUGAAUAAAGCUACGACCUCCGAAGAUCGCAAGGCUCUGUGUGUCUGUUUCAAAAAUGCUGCAGCCCAGGAUGGUGUUAAGUCUGAUAGGGCUGAACAGCUUCCCGACCUCUGCAAGAUCAAAGUUCCGGUUCCGAUCAAACCCGGUGUGGACUGCAACAAAUUAUGAUGAUUCUGUGGUAAGGAUCGAGUGGAGGAUCGAGUGGAGAUAACAAAUAAAUAUGGGGAACAUUGAUAGAUAGAGCAACAUAUAUGGCCAUCUUAGAUAUAUUAAUAUUCAGCUGUAAACAUUAAUAUAUCGAAGAUCGACUCUUUUUGGCUAUCUUAUAUUAUAUAUAUGCAUGAAAAUAUCAA